AUGGCCGUGCUGCCCUACUCGAACACCUCGUGCAUCCACGGCGUCGCUGGAAGAACCAGCGGAAACACAACCACGUCAACCACAUCAACCACAACUAGCACCAUCCAGCCAUCCGUAAACACGAUUCUCGAUCUUGCACGAGAGUGUGACCAACACGUCGUUCGACUCUACUUUUUGCCAACUCCUGGAACCAACGGCUUCACUACUACCCAUACUCUUGUCCGGAACGACACUCGCACACAUCCUGCUGCUACUCACAACAGCAACUCUCCUUAUGACAUUGCAACGGCAACCACUACCACCGCUGGUUCCGGCCAUCAGGUCGAUACCAAUGGAGAUACCAGAGAUGCGCAUGCGAAGUAUCAGAGGCGUCGCAGGAUAUGUCAUUUAACGCGGGUCUCCGAGUCGGACCGUGGAAUUGUCCAUCUUGCAAGACUUCACAUCUCAUCCAUGAUUGUGGCGACAUCAUCGAUUACCUAUCUGUCCCAUCUCGUAUCACUUCGACUCCAAGGAAACCGACUCACGGACCUCCCGGAUCAGAUCUUCCGGCUACCUUCCCUGCGCGAACUGGAUGUUUCUCAAAACCGACUGACAGAGAUCUCUGGACUUAUCGGGAUGCUUGGACUGACGCUGGAAGAACUCUUUUUACAGUCGAACCAACUCCAGUCUUUACCUCAGCAACUCGGCCGGUUGACUCGGCUGAGGCUUUUAGACAUUGCGGACAAUCAAUUGGGAUGUAUCCCUGUCGAGGUUCAGCGGCUGGUGUCAGAGUCUCUGAUGUCGGAGCGGAUGCUGCGGAGAGCGAGCCAGGGCGGGAUCGAUAGUCGUGGCGAAGGGUCUUCUGCACCACCGACACCGCUGGAUUCGCCAGUUGCUUUGCAUGGACAAGGAGGAGCCGGACAUUUUAAUGCCGGAUCGAACGAGGAGGGGGGUCAUGAUGAUGAUGAUUAUGUUCAGAUACGUCAAGGCAUGAAGUGUUGGGCUCGUGGAAACCGGUUCUGGCAAGUGGGCGCUCCUCGGUUUACAGCGCCUCAAUCACCAUCAGGAACCGUCCCAUCACAAGGAGGACCUUCAUGGGCAACAUCUGCAACUCGACCCGCUGAGGCUGUUUUGACCCCUCCCACGGCCUUUCUCAAUGCAGGGGCGUCGUUUUCGGCAUUACCCUUCCAACCUCUUGGCCCCUCGUUACUGUCACCAUCACCACCAUUGCCCGCUACGCCUAUCAGGGCCAACUCGGGACAUUUAGAUUCAACCCCAACCUCGCCGACGUAUCACAACCAAAACAACACCCACAACCACAGCCACCGUUCACACAACCAUUCGCACCAAGAGACAUCGCAUUACCCAGCUCAUCCGGUCGACCAGCGUGGCUACUCCAAGGACAGCUACACUUCUUGCUCAUGGACUCUCAGUCUUGCCGAUAUCUGCUCACAGAUUGUUGGAGAAAAGUUGAACCAGGAUCCUCACUAUUUUUGCCAUACUAGGUCAUGUCCGCACAAGGCAGCCAGGAAAUCUAACAGGAAGGCCGGACCUCCUACAUCUCCUCCUGGGACUCUACUACCAUCCACAACAACAACAACAACAACUCAUAAUACAGACCCAUUGGUGGCGGCGGCGGCGUACUCGGAGAUGGACAAGAUGGGCGAGUGUAUGGCGACCAUGAUCCCAGAGUGGAUGAUAGAGCAGCUGGGCCUGCACCGACUUGCCGAGAUGCGAAGGGCUCUUGAUCUGUUCAAUAGUGAAGACGAACAGCAGUCACAUUUGGACGAAUGGGAUGGCCAUGAGGAUAUAUAUCCGGAUUCAUACCAAGACCGGGAUACAGAGGCAGGAGUGCAGGGCAGUUCUCAGAAUAGCCUUUCCGGUCUUCCUCUUCUUCAUCGUCGGGGCCGUCGUCGAUCACUCAAGGAUCCGACUAUUUCGAUGUCAUUGACGUUGGUUGAGAAGGAGAUGGGAUGUGAGUUUUGUUCGGUUUGCCAGAAGCGACUUUAUUUCCCCGGUUUGCGAUGGAAGGGCGUCGGAGUGAUGGAUGAGCGGAUCGUGCCGCUGGAGUGGGUUGCCUGUUCGGUCCAGUGUCGUGCUCAGGCUGAAGGAGAGGAACAGCGACGGAAGGCGAGUGGUGGGAAGGCUUCGGCGAUGGCGAGUAUGACAUCUACAAUGACAUCGACACCCACCACUUCUACACUAGGUGUGACUCCAAUCACGGAGGAAGAGGACCCGUCGGGUGGCGACUCUGGAGGUGAGGGGUAUUUUGGUGGUAGACAUCAUCAACCACAGACGACGACGUUCAAUUGGAGCCCCCGUCCAGAGGGGUCUCAGGCGAUAGCAUCGACAACAACAACAACAACGACGGCGACAACAACAAUGACGACCCGGGCCCGGUCUGGGACCCAUCAUCAUGAUUCGCCGCCUUCGUCUUCAUCCUCGCACGCGGCAGCAACAUCACUCGUGGGAAUGACCAGUCGGAUAGGCGGACUAGUAGCAGGACGAGGAAUAAGGGGCCAAGUUGAGAAUGGAUCUGGCCUAUCAUCGAUCAUUGUCGACCAAAGCCGGUCUAGGGAGAUCUCGAUGGUGCAACAGCAACAACAGCAGCAAUGUAUCCAAUUACAACAACAACAGCAGUUGCAACUUCAACAGCAACAACAUCACCUCCAACAACGCAAUUAUCGUGAGACCAUCGCCUAUGGUCUCAUAAAGUCAAAGGCCCUGCGAAGGCGAACUCGCGCACUUUCUCUCUAG